GCACUGUAGAGAGUGAGACACAGGGAGAAGCAGCAGAGAUCAAAAUAAAUAAAUAACACACACACACAGAUAAUCGCACACAUACAGACACACACAGACAAGCAGGCAGGAAGAGGAGCAGACCUGAAACUUAACCAGACACACUCUUCAAACACUCUCACUCUCUCUCACACACUCAGUCGGCAGCAGCAGCAGCAGCAGCAGCAGCAUGUUCCAGUGGAGGCUCCCCCAGGCAGUGUGUGCGCUGUCGGCGUGCGUGUGUCUGAUUCUGGCCUAUGAGGAUGAUAUUCAGGUCAACUUCGCUGACCCCUUCUACAAUGAAAUCAUAGGUGGAGAGACACCAGAACCCACACAGAGUCAAGCCCCCUGCACUUCUCGAGACCUGAACAAAUGGGACAAACUCUUCUCGAUGCUGGAAGACAGUCAGAUGAGAGAGAACAUGCUGCUUCAGUAUGCAGGUGACAUCAUCAAGGUGGAGAUGGCUUCGCUGCGUGGAGAAAUGCUCAGAUUUGGAGCCCAGUAUGGUGGCUCCUGUGGGGUUGCAAUGGAGACAGCAGGAAGAAGGAUGGCCUUGCAGUUGGAGGGCCGCCUCAAAGAAACAAUGGAGCGCGUCAAAACCAGAGAUCCGACUUCUGCUGCUGCUGCUGCUGCUGCUGCUGGGAAUUCUGUCUCUAACCGCUCGGAGGUGAUGCUACAAGAGCUCCUCUCCGCAGCACGAAUGCAAGCUUCCCGACUUACCAAGCUGGAGACCAGCUGCCUUAGCAGCCCAGGAGCCGGGAUGGGGUUGAAUACAAAGCCAGGAUCCCAGCUUCCAGAAGAUGGAGAGGCAGGGCUCCAGGAGCAAGAGGUCACAUCACCAGAGGUGGCUUUAGACAGGGUGCUGGCAGCAAUGCAACAGACGAGGGUGGAACUGGAGGAGGUGCUGAGGUCAUCGAGGCAAAGAUUACUACCCGCAGGUUAUGAGAUGGCGCUCCUCUUCCCCAUGCGUUCCCGUCGGAUCUACGCCUCGGUCAUACCAGACGGCCCUCUCUCCAUCUCCGCCUUUACUGUCUGCAUGUGGGUGAAGCCGACCACUGUGUCCAACAGAACCGUGCUGUUCUCCUACGGGAACCGUCGCAACCCAUAUGAAAUCCAGCUGCUGCUGGGUCAAACCUCUGCGCUCUUCACCGUCGGAGGAGAGGCUCACCUGGUGGAGGCCCGAGAUGUGGUGAAACCAGGAGGCGCUUCAGAGUGGAUCCACUUGUGCGGGGCUUGGUCAUCCAAGCAGGGCCUGGCGUCCCUGUGGGCAGGUGGGAAAAAGGUGGCCUCCACACCCGGAGUGGCGGAAGGACACGUCUUACCCGACGGAGGCUCACUCCAGCUGGGGCAAGAAAGAAACGGCUGCUGCCCUCUGUCUCCAAGCAGCGGGAGCAGGGUGACAGGGUUUGAGGAAGGGUUCGAUCCAAAGGUGGCGUUCGUGGGGAAGAUGACAGGAGUGAACAUGUGGGACAGGCUGCUGUCAGAGGAAGAGAUUUCCCAGCUGGCUUUGCGAGAGGGUCAGGGCUACGAUCUGAGGGGGAACAUGGUGGCGUGGGGAGUGACGGAGAUGGUGCCACAUGGAGGCGCUCAGUUCAGCAACUAACAGGUUCCUUGUGGUGGAACUUUUCAUCAUUAUCGUCAUCGUCAUUGUGAGCAACAUCUUAAUAAGCUUUCAUGAUGAAACUGAAGAUAUCAUGCCUUUAUCAUCUUUGUCCCUAUAGUUAAAUGUUUUAAUUAUUAUGUUAUUUCUUUUCUUAGUCAUCUCAAUCGCCAUUAUCAUGAAGAAUAAUGCUGCAAUGAACUUUACUGGACAUGUUCAAAUGAGAGAAAGCAAAUGUUGUGAGAGACUGAAAUUUAUUUUUGUAACAUAAUCUUUUGAACUGAGGUCAUAAUACACACACACACACACACGCAUUCACUCACACUGAUGUAAAUUCAGCUUCGAAAACUUGUAUUGUAGCAGAAGAAGUCCUGCAUUUACCAAAGGCUCUGGCAAUUAGACUGCAGGAAAGACAAAGAGUCUAUUGUUAAAGUGAAUGGGUUGUGAGCCAGUAAACAGAGUAAUCAGCAGACCGAGGAAAAUAACAAGAGAUUAUCUUGUAACUGUAAAGUGAUGCAGUUGUUAGAGUAACGAUGGCAUUUUAUCUCUUUCUAUCUAGAUUUGUAAAGAAAUAGCUAGUGCAGUUAUUCAAUUGUCAAUGUUAAACAUGUUAAGCAUUAAUAUAACACAACAUCUUUGUUUUCUAUCUUUGCAGUCUUGUAGAUACAAUUAUUAUUAGAUGUUUGAGAUUGACUGUCAUCUCUCCCAAUUAAAAGCAGCAGUACCACACUAAUGUGUUGAUGAUGUGUUGUCAUACGCAGUGCAACAUAUAAUGUAUAAAAUACCUGACUGAAACAUUUUCUACUUGCUUUCAUUCAUGGACAACCAGCAACUGCAGAAACAGCUUCAGACAAAACUAUUUCAGCAACUUAUAAAAUUAAUUCUCAUCAUUUUCUUGUAAAAGCUUUUAAAAUAUUUUUAAGACCUUAUAUUUCCAAAUGUGUAGAGUUAACAUUUAUAUGAGUUAUAUAAUUCCAGUUCUUCUUUGUUCUUUUUUUGUGAGCAAUUCAAUUUUAUAUUUGUCUGUUCUUUUUUGAAACUGCAUAAAGUAAUAGAAGUAAAACCGUUAUAUUUGUAAUGGGAGAUUGACAUUGAUUUUGUUUUGUAAUUUUUAAGAGAAACUGAGGACAAUGUUUACACACUAAUCAUUUAUGAACUAAGUUGUCUUGUAUUAUAAUGUAAAUUGCUUAUGAUAUUCUUGCGAAAAGGUGAAAUUGAAUGUAUUUUGUACAUAAAUCUAUUUUGCAUAACAUGACUGGAUGAAUGGAGAAUGAGAUAUGAAUAAACAUUUCAAGUUAUAUUAAAUAUUCUCUUGCUGGA